AACUGCCAGACACCAAAGGUGGAUGAGCCCUGAAAAGGGCUCAGCAAAUUUUCACCCCAGAGGUGCUGGUCCUCUUGGAACACCUAAAAGAGAGAAAGAGAAGAGAAAGGAGACAAAAAAGGAGGAGGCGAAAGAGAAAAAGGGAGGGAGAGGACAGAACGAAUAAAAAAAAAGAGGAAAGAGAGGAAGGACCGGAGGGAGGGAGGGAGGGAGGGAGGGAGGGAGAAAGGGAGAGGGAGAGAGAGAGAGAAUGGACUUGAGACUCCAGUGAGAAGCAGCCCUCCCUCCCAUUACUGUGCUUCAGGACUUCGAUGUACACUAGUCGAUUCUCUCCCGUUGAUUACAUCUGAAAUGUACAGCAGACGCAGAUCUCUGCUUAGAUCUCGUCUUUUCCUUCCCUCGCAUAUAUUAGACGUAUUCGGGGACUGACCCGCUGCGCCCGAUCCUCAUCAGAAGGGAGGAGAAGCCGGUCUUAGCCGGCAAGCCCACCCGGGGUUCCGGGAGAGGGGGGUGGGUGUUCUUUCCGCCCUGGAGCCAACUCCGAGCAAAGCGCAACUAUCAGCCGGCUGCUACGAUGUAACUAGACUCUUUCGAAGCCCGGGGCACUAUCCAGCGCACAGAAAAUAAAGUCUUAGAGGCGCCACUACGGCGACUCCGGAACUCCUCCCCGCGAGAGUACCCUAAGGUCCUACUCUCGGAACGUUUCUUAGAAAAGCUGCCAUUUCCUACCCGGAAGGUUCCGGUCCCCCAUAGAGGCGGAGCCGGAAGCGAUGGUCGGGAAACAAACCUUCCCUUACUCCCUAACCCCGCCCUGGAAGUCUCCUGGCGGAAGUAUCAUGGCGGCAUCGGCACGUUGGAAUCACGUGUGGGUCGGCUCGGAGACCGGGAUCUUAAAGGGCGUGAACCUGGUCCGGAAGCAGGCGGUGAACUUCACGGAGGCGGCGGGCCGGCCAUCCCGCGAGGAGGAAGUGAGCGCGCUGUGUUGGGCCGACGCGGCCGAGAGCCAGAUUCUAAUCGGCUGUGCCAACAGGACUGUGAAAUCCUUCAGCACAGAGGAGGGCAAGUUCUUGAAGAGCAGGUGCUGUCCAGGAGGAGAAGGGACUUUUCGGGGACUUGCAAAGCAUGAUGGCUGCCUCAUCACCUGUGUGGAGUCAGGGAUUCUCCGUGUCUGGCCUGAGGACUCCUCCGAACAUAUCAAAGAGCUCAGUGUGGGCCCAAGUGUGUGCAAGAUGCGUCAAGAUCCUGAUCGACCCCACAUAGUGGCCACUGGUGGGAAAGAGAAUUCACUAAAGGUGUGGGACCUGCAGGGAUCAUCUCAGGAGCCCAUAUUCAGAGCCAAGAAUGUCCGCAAUGACUGGUUGAAUCUCCGGGUUCCCAUCUGGGAUCAGGACAUCCAGUUCCUUCCAGACUCACAGAAGAUUGUCACUUGUACUGGACAUCACCAGGUCCGAGUGUAUGACCUGGCUUCUCCACAGCGGCGACCUGUGCUGGAAGCCACCUACGGAGAAUAUCCCCUGAUGGCAAUGACUCUUACUCCAGGGGGCAACUCUGUGGUGGUGGGGAACACUCAUGGGCAGCUAGCAGAAAUAGACAUUCGGCAAGGGCGCCUGGUGUGCUGCUUAAAGGGUCUGGCAGGCAGUGUUCGGGGGCUGCAGUGCCAUCCAACUCAACCCAUUCUCGCUUCCUGUGGCCUGGACCGAGUUCUGCGGGUACACAGACUUCGGGAACCUCGAGGACUAGAGCACAAGGUUUAUCUCAAAUCACGGCUGAACUGCCUCCUCUUGUCAGGCAGGGACAACUGGGAGGAGGCAAACCCCUCACAGGUCCCUUCUUCACUCACCAGGAUGAGCCCCAGGAGCCUGCCCCAGGCCCUCCUGAAGAAACAGAGACUGAUGAGUUGUGGGCUUCUCUGGAGCCUGUGGUGUCAGCUGCUGGAGCCAAGAGAAAACAGAGGGCCCCCGAAGCUCAGCCUGGGGGGAAGAAGCGGCAGAGCUUGGGCGCCCAGGCACCCCUGCCUCCUCUUUGUAAAUAAAGAAGUCACCAUCCCUCUAUGACCCUGUCUCUUAGGGAAACCGACUA